AUGGCGAAAUCUCUUAGGGCGAAAUAUUAUCCGGACGGGAAUCUCUUUGAACUUCAGAAGAAAUCCAACACCACUUGGUCUUGGCGCAGCAUUAGCUCUGAGAUUCAAUUUAUUAAACAACACAACUGUUGGAACUUAGGUAAUGGGGAUUCAAUCCUUAUCUGGAAUCAUUGUUGGAUCCCUGAAUUGCAAAGUCUGCCACUACCAAAACUAGGGUGUUCUUCUGCUCAGGACUAUACAUACGUGAAGCAGAUGUUUCUACCUGGAUGUGCAGAAUGGAAUUCUUCAUUGUUGGACCAGUUAUUUAAUCCAGUGUUAGUGCAGCAUAUUCUUCAGAUUACCAUCCAUCCUUCUCGGGCAGAUAGAUUGGUAUGGCUUCUAGAGAAGAAUGGUAGAUUCAAUGUAAAAUCCUGUUAUAAAAAGAUGUACCAGAAAAGCUCAAGUAUACCACCAGUGGACAUACGUAUGGGGAAAAUUUCAGUAGAUUAUGGAAACUUCCAAGUCUGCCUAAAAUCUGCCAGUUCCUCUGGAAAGCCAUCUCCAAUCUUCUAUCCACCAAAGACGUUCUGGAUACUAGUAGUAUGGUUUGCUGUGUUAGGUUGGACUUCUGACAACAAUGGAUCUCUCUCGGAAUGGAUAUUAAGCUGGAUCAUUAUUCCCUCUCAAUUAACUCCUAGAAUUAAUGGUCAAAAUGUUUUUUGGAUUCCUCCCCCGAUGGGCUUCUUAACCUUUAAUUGUGAUGGUUCUUUUGAUGCUAAUACGCAGUUAGGUGGAAUUGGUCUAAUAUUAAGAAAUUUUGCAGGUAUGCAACAAGCAGCAAGGUGCAUUAGCAUGAACGGAGCUAGAAGUGCAGAACAGGUUGAAUGCAUGGGAUUUUGGAAUGCGGUGCAAUGGGCAAAGGAUUUAAAUCUUGAACGAGUACAUUUCGAAAUGGACGCUAAAUUGGUUGUAGACGCUGUCAACACUGACAAUAGUGCCAUUGAUUGGAGACUUCUUAAUACUGUUCUAGACAUUAAAAGUUUUUUCUUAAGUUUUUCUUCCUGGAAACUCUCUUAUGUUCCAAAAGAGAGAAAUAAAGUAGCUGAUCUCUUAGCCAAUCCGGCAAGAAAAGAUAGAAUUUCUUUUAUUUGGAAUAACUCUCCUCUACCUGGAAUUGUUGAUCAAGUUGUUGUGGAGUGUUCUCAUGUUCUGGGAUAA